AAGACAAUCAAGGGCUCGUGGACGGCCGCAGAGGACGCCAAACUGGUCGAGCUCGUCGACGAGUUCGGGUCCGAGAAGUGGGUCAUCAUCUCGUCGCAGAUGGGCUCGAGGUCGGGCAAGCAGUGUCGCGAGCGGUGGCACAACCACCUCAACCCGAACAUCAAGAAGAGCGACUGGUCGCCCGAGGAGGACGCCCUCAUCCGCGACCUGCACGCCAAGAUUGGGCCUAGGUGGGCCGAGAUGGCCAAGCACCUUCCCGGCAGGCCCGACAACUCGAUCAAGAACUACUGGAACGCGUGCGUCCCCUCUCUCCUUCCCUCCCUUCCUCGCCGUCGGGGACCCGAGCGACCGAGUCGAGUCGACCCUGACCUUCCGAUUCUCCCUUGCGCAGCCGACAAGCUCGCGAGAAGCGCGACCGGUCCAAGAGCAUGA